AUGAUGGCUUGUGGAAGUGUCAACCUUCCUCCUGGCUUUUGCUUCUCUCCAACGGAUGAAGAACUUGUUCUUCAUUUUCUUUAUCCCAAGGCCUCUCUACCAUGCCAUCCCAACAUCAUUCCUGAGCUUGACCUCUCUCUGCAUGAUCCAUGGGAGUUAAAUGGUAAAGCGUUAUCAAGUGGAAAUCAACACUAUUUCUUCACCAGAGUGAAGGAAAACAGAUCCACAGAAAAUGGGUAUUGGAAGGAAAUAGGAGUUACAGAGCCAAUAGUAUCUGCAUCUGAAAAAGUGGGGAUGAAGAAGUCCCUUGUGUUCAACCUUGGUGAAGCUCCACAAGGCACUGAAACCAGUUGGGUCAUGCAUGAGUAUCAUAUCUGCUCAUCCAGUUUUAGCACUGGAUCUUGUGGAAGUACUCGCGGAAGAAGAAAAUCAAAUCAAUGUAGGAGCAAAUGGGUUUUGUGCAAAGCCUAUGAAAAGAAAAGUUCUCAAUCCCAACAAGGUGUAAGUUCUUACAGCGAUGAGAAUGACAGUGGAACUGAGCUUUCAUGGCUAGACGAAUUUUACAUGUCGUUAGAUGAUGAUCUUGAAGAAGUUAUGAGCCAUCCUAAUUAG